AAUACAUCCGUACGUCAGGGUCAUUUAUGCAAAAGCGCGGCACCUCCAAUCCGACCGGUCGUCUCCUUCCUCUCGCCUUGUCCUCGCCCGCCUCACCCACUCCCCGAUCCAAACCCUUGCCGCCUCCCCGGCCUCCUCUCGCCGGCGAUGCAUCCCGCAGGUGCGGGGGACUACUCCCCAUACUACGCCCCAUACCCCUCCCCAGCGGCUGCCGCGCCACCUCCCUCCACCUACCCGUCUGUGUCCGCCUCGGCUUCCGCGCCACCGUACUCGCCGUACCCCACCGAUUUCGCCCCCCCGGCCUCGUACUCCGCGUACCCGCCUGCACCGCCCGCCGACCUCCCCCACUACGCGCCUCCCGCCGCCGCGCCCCCGCCCCCGCCCCCGCAGCCGUACUACCCCUACGAGCCGCCUCCUCUCCCGCCGUCUCCGCACAACCCGGCGCCCUCGCCUUACCCCUCGGUUGAUCGGGCGGGGAGCUACGGCUACGGAUCCGGCGCCGGAUCCGGGUACGGCCAGGAGCUGUACCCGCCCAAGCCGGCGGGCGGGGGCGGGUGGUCCGACGACGGGGCGUACGCGUACGACGGCGGCGAUGCGCCGGAGCCGUACGGCGCGAGGGGGAUCGCGCCGAGGUCUGGCUCCGCGUUGUUUGAUGACUACGGGAGGUCGAUUGGUUCGGCGACGGACAGGGGUGGACGUGGGGGUAGUGCGGCGAGCCUCAAGGUGGUGAGGGCCGUGCCCAAGGCGGAGACGUCGGAGGACGUGAGGGGUGGGGUGCAGAAGUUUCGGGUGAAGCUGCUGCCAGAGGGUGCGGGGAGCCCCAUGGAUGUGCUCUGCCAGGUUGGUUUGGAUGGGAUUCGGAUGCUUGAUCCCAACACUAGUAGGACAUUAAGAAUAUAUCCCCUUGAGACUGUAACUAGAUGGGAUGUAUUAGAUUCUUCUAUCUUUGCCUUUUGGUCCAAGAGUUCAGUUGAUGUUGAAGCAAGAAGAAUAAGGCUGAAGUCAAACAGCUAUACAUCCAAUACCAUUCUAGACACUGUCACAGCUGCGUCUGUUCAGUUCAAGGAGAUGGGUGGAGGCAGCAUUUCGAGAAGUAGAGCGGUUGCUGAUGCGGCCAAGCCUGCUGAACAGCAAAAUGAGAGGAAGAAAAAUUUCCUUGAUUGGAGGAACUUAAUGAAGCCUAUGAUUGAGGAGAAAGAUCACUGGGUCCCAGAUGAAGCUGUCAGCAAAUGCAUAGGAUGUGCAGCAGAUUUCAGUGCUUUCAACCGCAGGCAUCACUGUCGAAACUGUGGUGAUAUUUUCUGCGAUAAGUGCACCCAGGGAAGGACUCCUCUAACUACAGAUGCUGAUGCUCAACCAGUCCGAGUUUGUGACAGAUGCAUGGCUGAAGUUUCCCAAAGACUGAGCAAUGCAAGGGAAGCGGCAAAUCGACCUAUUGUUCACAGCCAUGAGGAUCUUGCCAAAAAACUUCAGGAAGCCAUGGAUAUAAAUAAGAGGUCAUCUUCAGGGACGAGGUCUUCAGAUGGAUCUGGCAAGCGAAUGCGGGAGGUCGCAUGCCCCGUCUGCACGGUCCAUCUUCAGAUAGAUAUCUUGAAGCGUUUGCAGCGACAAGCAUUUUAUGACAUAAUGCAAUUGAGGGAGAGACAGGAGAAAGUUGAAAGAGUACUUUCGUUGUACAAAGCUACCAAAGGUGGUCCAUUUGCAGAAGAAAGCACUCUGGUCAAGGGCAUUAUUAAUGUUGCUGGAUCGCUCGCAAGAGAUAGCUCAGAAUCAUAUUCUGGUAUUAGUUCACGGUUUGUGUUUGAGACCACCAUCCACAAGAAGGAUUCCCUCUUUGCAGAGCUCGUUGCUGAUCAUAGAUAUAUGUCUCAAGAAAAUGAUCAUAUUGGGAGCCCUCUUGUCUUGUCAAAGGUGAUGUACCUGUCGAAUAUCAAUGACUCAUUUUCUGUUGCUGCUGUGCCAAUAGGUGCAAGGUGCGAUGAUUUUUCAACUGAUCCGAAUCUCCGAGAGGAACAUUGGCUGGCUAGCUUGCGUUCUUCGUUGAGGCCACCUUUGCUGAUUAAAAGUCACAAAUAUGCUGGUGGCCUAAUAUUCAGUUCAAAGAAUAUCGCUGCUUCUUUUGCUCAGCUGAUUUCAUCAGCUGGGAAGCCAGGUGAAGCCAGCAGAGUUUUCACAGGAUUUGGGCAAAUUUCAUAUCAGAUGCCUCAUGAUAUAAAGUUGACCAUGUCUGCUGCUUGGCGUGGGCUGAGUUCAAUUUCUCGGACGAGCAAACCAACUACUGGAGGUUGCAUUGAUUUUGAACUGAAGAUCGAUGAGGACUCCAGAAUCGGGGCCUGGAUUGAGGUCAACAAGAAGUCAAAUUCGCGGUCUUUGAUAUGUGCCCUCACGCUAUCAGAUACACCGGAAGAUAACCUAGGAUGGGGUGUGAGCUUGCGGAGAGGCACUGAAGCCAAACCGCAACGGUUUCAGGUGGAAGGUUUUCUGAAUAUUCAUCUAGGCAAGAAGGCCGCCUUGAAGCCUGGUAUCGUGUUCAAUGUGGACGGGAGGAGAUGCACACCUGGUCUUGUGUUCCAGUCAAGUUGGUCCUUGUAGCUUUGGUGUGCUGAUCUGAGCCCGUAUAGGAACUUUUGGUAGAUUAGAGAUUGUAGAAGCAACCGCUUGUAUCAUCUCACACAAGAACGAUUCAUUUACAACCGCAUAAUGCAUUGCAGUGAUUGUUUUA